AUGUUCAAAUUUGAUGAUACUAAUGACUGUUUGGAUUUAAAUAGUGUUGCUGUAGCUGAUGAAUCUUUAGCUGCCUUUAAUGAUUUGAAAUUGGGUAAAAAGUAUAAAUUCAUUUUGUACGGUUUAAAUGAUGACAAAACCCAAAUCGUUGUUAAGGAAACUUCUGCUGAACCAUCUUACGAUGUCUUCUUAGAAAAAUUACCAGAAAAUGAAUGUUUAUACGCUGUUUAUGAUUUCGAAUAUGAAGUUGGUGCUGGUGAAGGUAAAAGAUCAAAGAUUGUCUUUUUAACUUGGUCCCCAGAUACCGCUCCAGUUAGAUCAAAGAUGGUUUACGCUUCUUCAAAGGAUGCUUUGAGAAGAGCCUUGAACGGUAUUGCCUCUGAUGUCCAAGGUACUGAUUUCUCUGAAGUUGCUUAUGAAACUGUCUUGGACAAGGUUAGUUCCGGUACUCACUGA